CACCCGUCUAACAAAAACUCAAAAGGCUAAAACUACUCCCCUGCCGCCAAACACGAUAGAAAGCAUAGAGCGGCGCACGGGAAACAGAAUACCGUGACAUCCCCCUCUUGUGAUUCCAUAUCAAGUGGUGAUGUCUCCUCGCUUUGCUGUCAUCCUUAUUGUGUUACUGGGGCUGCAAGAGUUUCAUCCUGUGAUCUGCGCUCGGGACACAAAGAGCAAAGAUGCCCUCGAAGACGAAGACUUCAGUGACGAGGGCGAAGAGCUUGAAGACGUGAUGGAACUUUCUCCGCAAACAGAAAGCACUGCGCAAGAAACAUCCAAGAGAGGCUGGAUCAGCAAGGCCUUCACUGUAUUCAAGACCGGCGGUAAAGUGUUAUCCUUCACCACGUCCUUAGCUAGCCUGGGUAACGCUAUAUACCGCGCUAUUGAGGGCUGCUGUGGUGAUUUCCCUGAAGCCUGUCGAAACAAAGAAGAGUUUGACAAGCUCAAAGUGGUCAUCCAAGAGAAGAGUGACAAGGCAGAUCGCCUACAAUUAGAAGCUCAAAAUCUGCAAGUAUGGACUAACUACAGUAUCAACAAGUAUGAAAGCAUUCUUCAUGAACUCAACCAGAUAGCAGACGAUCAAGAAGAGUUUCUACAAAGUGUGUCACCCGAGCUAAUGAUAGCCAUGCACAACCAGACCAAGAAAAUAAUGGAUUUUAUCAAAGCCAAAAACGCCAGCAAGGAAAGUGUGGACUUCACGACCGUUUCCGGUCUGUAUGAAGACACCAUUGACUCGGUGAUGAAUGUGGGCAUGCCGUUGGUCACGCUCAUGAUACCUGCUGGCGCUAAGUUAUGGAAGUAUGGGAGACAGAAGAUGGCGGCUAGGAGAACUGCAAUGAUAGAAGACAACACUGGGACAGUGCUCAAGAUACCAAAAAAAUCCUCCGCAGGCUACAAAACGUCCAAACUGGGGAUGUUCCUCGCAACAAAUAAGAGGAGAAUCCAGAACAGAAUCACAAAGAUCAAAACCUUCCUCAAAACAAGAUACAGUCGAGCGUAUUAUAUCGCGGGAAAAAUCAAGGAGGGUGCUAUAGCGGCGGGCAACUACCUAAACGCAGCUUUGAACAUCUGGAUGAUAAUCACAAGUCGCGAGAACUGCCGAGUCACGUGUGAAAAGACGAAGCAGGCGAGGGAUGACCUUAGGUUGGCGGUUACUACUUUUGACGAGGCUAUAGCCAACAUCACGGAUGCUAAAGACAUCAUGGAAACAUCUUUCACGUAUCUUCGAGGUAAUAUAACCGACGAGCCUGUUACUGCAGUACUUGAGAAUAUCAAAAAGAUGGUCGAGGAAGUAUCAAGCCGAAGCGAAGAAAUGAGUGAAGUCGCGCGGGAUAUCCAGUCAUUCCUUGACAGAAUCAAGGAAGAGAAGACCUACGAGCAAACGUAUAACCUUGAGGAGAUGCUGCUGAAGGCUUUGUCCAAAAUCCCCUUCUCUCUGAGCUGUUACACAAAUAAGGUCAAGACGAUCAACUACAUUGUGGAUUUGUGCAAGAAGGGCCGCGCUUCGUACGACGUUCUGUAUGAUGAGGCGGUGUCGCACUUUGAUAGCGAUGAUCCAAGCAACGCACACAACCCACUGAACUGCGAAACCAAAAUUGGCUUCCGCUACAUCGACAAAGAGGAUCUAAGAAAAGCUUGGCAGGAAAUGGCGGAAAAGGACGGGUUCCAACAAAACUGUGUUUUGAAUGAUCCCUCCAAAAAAGCCAGUGCCUGCGCUUUAAAGAAUGAGGCAUAUGAUACAGAAUUUAUCAUGAACGAACUGGGUCUUACAAAGGAAGAGGUUGAAGGGCUGAUCAAGAAUUGUCCGAAACCUGAACUGUCCCCUAGGGACAGGAAGGUAAUCUGCAAAAUGAAAAGGAGAGGACUGUCGAACGAUAUCAUUGCAGAAGACAUGGAGUUAUCUGUGCAGGAUAUUGAGAACGUUGAAUGCUGAAGGCUUAUAGCUGGCAAACGUCACCAAUUAGAGCGGUACAAGCUGUAAAGAAUUUGAAGAAUCUAAUAUAAAAUAGAAUGGACAAAAGAAAAUCUAAUAAAUAAAGUA